AUGCCAAAUCGCAAUGAGUAUACCGUUGGAUGGAUCUGUGCAACGCAUACUGAGAACGUUGCUGCCCAAGUAUUUCUCGAUGAGAAGCACGCGGGACCAGAAUCGGUGCAACGAAAUGAUGACAACAUUUAUACCCUGGGUCGGAUGGGGAAACACAACGUCGUGAUUGCUGCCCUGCCGCAUCAACAAUACGGGCUUGUAAAUGCAGCCAGCGUCGCCAGGAAUAUGGUUCACAGCUUCCCGAAUGUCAGAAUCGGCCUGCUGGUGGGAGUAGGCGGCGGGGUGCCCAGUUCUAUUCAUGAUAUACGGUUAGGUGACGUUGUUGUCAGUUCCCCAGACCCCGGUAGCGGCGGCGUAUUUCAACACGACUAUGGAAAGAAGAAACAGGACGAGGAUUUUACUACGACUGGGUUCUUGAACCAACCUCCCAUGAUUCUUUUGAAAGCAAUACAGAAACUGCGGGCGGAGCACGAAAUAGAAGGUCAUCAAAUCCAAGAGGCUAUCGAAGCAAUCUUCCAGAAGUAUAAAAAACUCCGGGCAAAGUACAAUCAACCAGACAGGAGUACUGACAGGCUUUACAAGUCUUCUUUUACUCAUAAGGGGAGCGAUAGUGACAGUUGUACGGUAGUCUGCGGCGAUGACAGGGACAACUUGAGAUCUCGAACAAAACGAGCUGAAGACGAGGACGAUCCAAUAAUACAUUACGGAUUGAUCGCGUCUGGAAACCAAGUAUUGAAGGAUGCAGAGUACCGAGACAAGUUGGCACUAGAGAAGGAGAUAUUAUGCUUCGAAAUGGAAGCAGCAGGUCUCAUGAACCAUUUUCCUUGUCUUGUCAUUCGCGGUAUUUCCGACUACUGCGACACGCAUAAGUCCAAGCAAUGGCAGGGCUACGCAUCUAUGACGGCUGCUGCCUACGCUAAAGAGCUUCUCAAUAUCAUUGCACCAAAUAAUAUCGAGGCUGAGGCUCCUCUGAUUCAGUCUAUGGCCCAAGCGUGUCUGAAAGAUGUAUCAGUAAUAAAGGGCGUAAUGACUCAAGUCGGUGCGAAUCAAGUGAGUGAGAUUGAGCGAAAAAUCCUUGACUGGAUCACCAACAUAACCUACGGCAAUGAGCACAGCGAUAUUCGCAACAAGAGGCUUCCGGAAACCAGCGAGUGGUUUCUCAAAACUAAAGAGUAUCAUGACUGGAUAAACAACAGCGGGAAAACACUUUAUUGUGAGGGAAUGCCCGGAGCCGGCAAGACCAUCAUUGCAUCUGUUAUCGUGGAUGAUCUCGACAGAUCUCAAAAGGAAAACGGCAUAGCCUAUGUAUAUUGCAACUACAAAAGGGGGGAGAUUCAGACUGUCGAGAGUCUACUCAAAACCAUGCUACGGCAGCUGCUUCAAACCCGGCUCCCUCUUCCAGAGCCCGUGAAGUCCCUAUACGAUGAGCAAGAAUCCAGACAAACACGGCUUACGCUAGAAGAGACCCGCGGGCUUCUCAGGUCAACCGUUGCAUCCUAUCCUAGAGUUUUCAUCGUUAUCGAUGCCCUAGAUGAAUGCAUCGGGCCUGAUGACUGCCGAAGUAGGUAUCUGCAGGAGAUUCAAGAGCUACAAGUAUUUUACGCAGUCAAUGUUCUUGCAACCUCAAGACCUCUCCCUGAAGUCCGAAAAAUGCCGCCCUUCAAAGACAGCACAUUGGUCCGGUUACAGGGUCACGAUGAGGAUAUCCAAAAGUACCUCGAUGACCGAGUUUCAAGACUUUCUAGCUUUGUCCAGCAGGACAUCGGCCUUCAACUGACUAUCAAGGGUAGGAUUCAGAAGAUUGUCAAUGGAAUCAAUUAUAACCACGCUGAGGCUCACUGUAGCAGGUUCUUACUCGCCAAACUCUACAUGGACAUGAUUGAAGAUAAGAUGACCUCGAAUGGCAUCAAGAAGGCCACAAAUGCCUUUGGAACAAACCCAGACGCAUAUUCCGAGGCCUACGAGGCUGCCAUUGAACGAAUUGAGUCGCAGAAGGGCGACAGGCUGAAAUAUGCCAAGAAACUACUAUCGUGGGUUUCUCUUGCCAAAAGAGAGCUAUCCGUUUCCGAGCUCAGGCAUGCACUUGCUGUCAAGCCUGAUGCAAGAGAUCUAGAUAAAGAUGACAUCCCAGAUCUCCAGGACGUGGUCUCGUUCUGUGCUGGGCUUGUUGAUAUCGAUCAAACCAGUCAAGUCGUGAGGUUGGUCCAUCUAACAGCCCAGACCUUUCUGGAUCAUAAGCUGUCGAAGAUCUCGCCAAAUGCUGAGAGCAGUGUUGCCCGUGUUUGCAUUACCUACCUAUGUUUUGACAACUAUGCGUGGCACAACGCUACCAGGGGAGAGGUUACAGUACAUAUACGGAAUUAUCCAUUGUUCAACUAUGCAGCUCGUUACUGGGGCCAGCAUACCCAAAAUUCUCGACAAUUCAAAGAUGCAUUACGGUUACUUCAGCGAACUGCGAAUGUCCAGUUUUCUUUCCAGACAUUGUCCAUGGAUUCUCGACUGGAAAUAUAUCGGUCCGUUCAAAAGUAUCGAGACCCGGAGCGAGACAUAGUUGCGUUGCAUCUGAUAGCCUACCUGGGUCUUGACGAACUUGUAGGAGAGGUGAUAGCAGAGGCUGAGAUAGAUGCAAAAACCAACAGCCGCUGGACGCCGCUAUGGAUCGCGGCUGCCCAAGGCCAUGAGGCGGUAGCGAGGCUGCUCAUCGGGUAUGGCGCCACUAUCGACGCUGAUAGUAACGGCAAGACACCGUUAUUCGCUGCGGCUUCCGAAGGCCACGAGGCGGUGGCAAAAGUGCUCAUCGAGCAUGGCGCCACUAUCGACGCUGAUAGUAACGGCAAGACACCGUUAUUCGCUGCGGCUUCCGAAGGCCACGAGGCGGUAGUAAGGCUCCUCAUCGAGCAUGGCGCCACAAUUAACACUAGGGGCCUAACUUGGCCGCCGGUCGUUGGUGCUGCUGAAAAAGGCCAUGAGGCCUUGGUGAGGCUGCUCAUCGAGCAUGGCGCCAAUAUCAACGCUGAUCUUAUCGACAAGACACCGCUGUUCGCUGCGGCUUCCGAAGGCCACGAGGCGGUAGUAAGGCUGCUCAUUGAUCAUGGUGCCACAAUUAACCCUAGGGGCAAUAUCUGGCCGCCGGUCGUUGGUGCUGCUAAAAAAGGCCACGAGGCCUUGGUGAGGCUGCUCAUCGACCAUGGCGCCGAUGUUAACCUCGGCGCCAAGUGUGGGACGCCGCUGACCGGCGCGGCUCGUGGAGGCUACGAUGCAAUAAUGAGUCUACUUAUCGAGCAUGGCGCCGAUGUCGAUCAAAAGGAUAGCGAUGGCGAGACGCCACUAAAUAUUGCGGCCGGACGAGGCGAUGAGGGAGUAGUGAAGCUGCUCCUCGAGAAUGGCGCAUCUAUUAAUAAGGCUGGUUAUAAAAAAAAGACACCGCUUAUCAGAGCAUCUAGCCAUGAAGUAGCAGAGCUACUUGUUAAGAAUGGCGCAGACACUAAUGCGUGUGAUCGGGACGGCGAAACGCCACUUGGAUGUGCAGCUAGAAGAGGUGAUGAAGCAACAGUGAAGCUGCUCAUCGACCAUGGUGCAUCUGUUAGCAAGGCUGAGAAGCACGAGACGCCGCUUAUAUGUGCAGCUAGCAGAGGUGAUGAAGCAAUAGUGCAGCUGCUCAUCGACCACGGUGCAUCUAUUGACAAGGCUAAGAAGAACGGCGAGACGCCGCUUAUAUGUGCAGCUAGCAUAGGUCAUGAAGCAAUAGUGAAGCUGCUCAUCGACCAUGGUGCAUCUAUUAACAAGACUGAGAAGUACGGCCGGACACCGCGAGCAGCAGCAAUGUACUAUGGCCAUAAGGCAGUGGAAAGGCUACUUUUCAAGCAUGGUGCUACUUUGCAAUCUAGCUAA